AUGGGCGAGAAUGGCGUGCUUGAUGAUGAAAUGAUAUUAGCCUGCAAGAGUGCUGUUGACCAUGGCUUUGCGGUGGACAAUCUAUCAUACCCCAAAAGCCCUCUUGGUGAUCCCAAGCUUUUGAAGGUUUUGGCCAGCUUUUUCAAUACUUAUUUUCAGCCCGCCCAGAGGGUAGAGUCAUCGCAUAUCUCAGUUGCAGCCGGGGCUUCGGCAUGUCUCAAUGAUCUAAUGUAUAGCAUCUGUGAGCCGGGAGAUGCAGUUUUAGUGCCUGGUCCAUAUUGGACAGAUGGAUUCGACUUUCACUUUAAUAUCCGAGCUCAGGUCACUCCAAUUACCGUCUCUCUUCCUCAGAUGGAGGAUCAGUUUACGUUAGAGUUGAUUUCCGCACUCGAAAAUGCGUACGAAAGUGCUUCUCGCCCAAUUCGAGCGAUUGUCCUCACCAACCCUCACAAUCCUUUAGGAAGAUGUUAUCCCAAGGAGGUCCUCGAAGGCUGUCUUGUGUUUUGUGCCCGUCACAAUCUGCAUUUCAUUUCCGACGAGGUCUACGCGCUCUCCACCUUUUCCAGUAAUGACUUCUCCCGGACUCCAGUUCCCUUCACUCCAAUAAUGUCACUCGACGUGACCGCUAUAGGCGGAGAUCCAUCACGGGUACAUACGGUAUGGAGCAUUAGUAAAGACUUCGGCUGCAACGGACUACGAAUGGGCUGCAUCGUGUCCCAGGAGAAUCAACCUCUCAUUCUUCAUCUCGGUAUCUCGGCUAGCCUAAAUUUCUCAUCAGUCAGCUCGCUUAUCGCUAAAGCAAUCCUCGCAUCCCCUCAGUUGCCACACUUACUCGCCCUCAGUUCCCAGCGCCUUGGGAAACAAUACAAGGUUCUAACGGCGUUUCUAAAGACCCGCGGUAUUCAAUACAUUCCUGCAUCGGCCGGGCUCUUUGUAUUUGCGCGACUGGUACCUGACGCAAAGACAUGGGAGGAGGAAGCUGACAUGGUUCGUCGUAUGAGAGAUGUUGGAGUGCUAGUUGGACCUGGAAAGGUCUAUCAUACCGGGGAGGGCGACAAGGGGUGGUUCCGAUUGACCUUUGCUUUAAAGAAUGACAUACUUGAGCAGGGGUUGCAAAGGCUGGAAAGGGAAUUAAUAAACUUCUAG